CCCCAUAAUCCAAUUGGUUCAGCGAUUUUAAUGACUACCUCCGUAGUCACCUCCCUUACGGGACAUGUCCGACGGCGCAACAAGGUGGAAACUACUGUAAAGGUUGUCAGAAAAGCUCCCAGACAUAUUUUAUAAGAGUCCUGUACGGUUAUGACAUCAUCACCAUCCGAGUGUGCGUCAAACAUCCCGUCGUUCUCAGUGCCUCAGAAGCAAUGAAUAAACACUAUGAACACAUCGAAAUGGAUCUGACUUUUGGAUCAGCCAAACCCUACGGGUCCUCGAGGAGUAUCGUGAGGAGGAUAGCGAGCAACCUCCCGCUCAAACCCUGCCCGAGGGUUCACUUUCAGCUGUAUCCAUUUGACGAGGAUGCAGGCGUCCUCAGUAUGAGGAAGGAGCAUGUCGUGGCCUCACUCGCUGACAUCUCCUGGAUCGACCAGGAGGAUGAUGAUGACGACAGGGAGCAGCAGGAAGAUAAUGUCAGACCUUGCAGUUCAAGGGCUCCCCGGGGUCUGGCAUUCCGAACCCGUCCACCUCGUCCCCGGAGAACCCGCCUGGUCCGGCGGCGCUCACUGCCCAGCCUCCACCAGGGCCCCUCGGACCCCCAGGGUCCGACCGCGGCUAACGACGAGGCCAUCCAGAAGAUCAGCGCGCUGGAAACGGAACUGGAAAAGUUGCGAGCACAAAUAGCCCAGAUCGUACUGGCCCAGGAGAAAAGCGCCCAUACAGAUGCAUCCACUGGGACAAGUGCCUGGCCACCCACCCCUUGUGGCAGUGGGCCUCCCCCACCACCUCCUCCGCCUCCUCCUCCACUUCCUCCUCCGGGACUACAGCGCACCUUUUCCGCCAUUGACCUGAUCAAGGAGCGGCGCGGCAAAAAGACGCAAGGCCAGACAGAGCUCAAGCCGCACGCCGAACUCCCGAGCAUGCUGGAUGUCCUCAAGGACAUGAACAAAGUCAAGCUGAGAUCCGUCAAAAGUCGGGCGAUGGAGACGAGCGACAAGCCUAAGGAGCCGGUGGACGCCGCGGCGCUCAUCGCGCAGGCUCUCAAGAGGAAGUUUGCGCACACGUACCCGCAAUCACCACGCAACCACAAAGUGGAUCAAGUCAAACAUCCUACGGAGAGCUCUCUGUUUGGUCAGCACAUGUUGAGAUCAACCGGGAAGCUCAAGUUUGUCUAAUGCAACUUCCUGACCAAGAGGAGGCUUUGAAUGUUCCAAGUGGCUAAUGUUGUUACUUUAUUCCUAUUUGUGGAAGCACAAAAGGGAUGUACCUCUGAAUUCUGACCCUGCGUUCAGUUUGGUACACUUAAGUUAUAUAACGUGUUUUUUUCUUUUAAAAAUCUGUGUUGUGAGAGUCUAACUGGGCAGAUGUUAAAUUAUGAUUGAUGCGUCUUAUGAUUGUUUUAAAAUUCUUGCUUUAAGGUGAACACUAACUUUGCAAACUUCAAAGCCAAACUUUAAUAUUGCAUGAUUUUAUUUUAUUUUUUAAAUCAAUACCUCAUUUGAUGGUAAUAAACGUCAUCUCGAUUCUAUUAUGCGCCAGUGUUAUUUUAAAUUGUGAUAUAAUGCAGCAGACAUGUCAUGACUGACAUUAUUUAUGCUUUGUGUUACUGUUAAUUGUUUUAAGAGGGAAGGUGGAACGACGUGAUUUGUUCAAAAUCUUUUGCAGUGGGAUUAUGUCUCGUUAAGAUGCUGUCCGAUUGUAAAGUUAUUGAAUAAAGCUUUUUAAGUCUUGGACAA